AUGGGAAUUUUGAGCUAUUUACUUUCCUACCUAUAUCCCUCCCCAACCGCGAAAGAAGACACUUUGGUAGAUGAUCUUUCGGAGAAUCAUCAGGGCCGGCCGAACAUAGCAUUUGCUGAUCCGCCAUACAUUUCAAUGGAUCCGGAAGUCGAACACCACGUCUCUUUCAGACCCAAUGGACCGCAAGUCAUAACUAUCGAUCUCCCUCGCACAGUACGUGACACAGCUCUGGAACACAGCCUGAUCACGGCCAGGAGCCUCGAGGCUCACAGCAACCUCAUAAGACCUUUGACCCCUCAUGAAACGGCAACGGACCAGACUGGACGCAACUAUAUUUUGACGGGCACAGUGACAGGAAGAUGGUCAUUGCAAAAGGCAGUCAGAUCUUACCCGGAAACUUUCUAUGUCACUGGCAGUUUGCGAGCUGGCCUGGAUGCUCUGCUACAGGCGAAUACAUCCUGCGUGAAGCCGCAAAGCAGCCGUGCGUCGGAUGGUUACAUCUUGGAGGACGACCCUCGGGAUAAAGAUCGAGACCAGAGUUCCAAUGACAAGCAUAAAGCGAAAGACAAGGAGCGCCAGGAUAGCAAAGACAAAGAGAGCCAGAAAAACAUUGACAAGCUCCGACAAUUGGAGAAAGGUGGUGGCUCUGGCGGUGGAGCCCGUGGGAGUGCCUCCGGCAGGGUGGUUUCAAAGGGGUAUAGCGACCACCGCUCGCAUUACUGA